GCGUGCGCAAGCGCAGCGGCGGAUCCGUUUUGGCGGGCGGUUGGCGUUGCGCAGAAGGCGGCGGUGGUUCCUUGUGGUCCGGCCUCUUCGCAGAGGAACGGGGACAAGGUUAGGGUGAGAGAACGCUCUCAGUCCCGGGAACCGGGUGGCCUUAGUCCUUCAGGUGAAACAUCGUGCGCUAUGGGAAAGAAAACCAAGCGAACAGCCGAUAGUUCAUCUUCAGAGGAUGAGGAGGAGUACGUCGUGGAGAAGGUGUUAGACAGACGCGUGGUUAAGGGACAAGUAGAAUACCUACUUAAGUGGAAAGGUUUUUCUGAGGAACAUAAUACCUGGGAACCUGAGAAAAACCUGGAUUGCCCUGAAUUGAUCUCAGAAUUUAUGAAAAAAUACAAAAAAAUGAAGGAAGGUGAAAACAACAAGCCUCGGGAGAAAUCAGAAAGCACCAAGAGAAAAUCCAGCUUUGCCAACAGUGCUGAAGAGAUAAAGUCAAAAAAAAAGAGAGAGCAGAGCAAUGAUAUUGCCCGGGGCUUUGAGAGAGGACUGGAGCCAGAAAAGAUCAUCGGGGCAACAGAUUCCUGUGGAGACUUAAUGUUCCUAAUGAAAUGGAAAGACACCGAUGAAGCUGAUCUGGUCCUUGCAAAGGAAGCCAAUGUAAAAUGCCCACAGAUUGUGAUAGCAUUUUAUGAAGAGAGACUGACGUGGCAUGCAUAUCCUGAGGACGCGGAAAACAAAGAGAAAGAAACAGCCAAGAGCUAAAGCAGGGGUGGCCUCUGUCAUUUCUCUUUGUAUAUAUAACACAUUCACUUCCCCACUGCCUCCCCUUUCCCUUCUAGCCCCACUACCCCUUCUGUCCUAAACACAUCCAUAAAAAAAAAAAAUGUGCUUAUUACUGUGCUACACAGAAGAAAUGUUGGUAUUGGUUCUCAUAACAUAACUGAUGGUCUGAUUCAUGAUGUGUCUCUAGUGAAGACCAGCCAUUUACAUACUGUGUGUAAUCCACCCCAUUCUCCCUUUGCCCUGACUCUUUCCUUCUCUUCUCACCGACUCCUACCCCAUUCUUCCCCCCAAGAUGAUGUUUAGCUUUUUAAUCAUCUUAGAGUCUUGAUCUUUUUCAGGAUUGGAUUUGAGGGUUUUGUUACAAUGACGAUCAUUUUAGUUAUUUGCUUUGGUUUCAUUCAGUGUAUUGAUGACCAGCAGGCCUCAGAAUUGAGGUGUCGGGAUAGGGUGGGGAAUUCGGGAAAUUUUGCAGGCUAUACUUUGCCUGAUUUUUAUAAAGCCACUAGCAACUUAGUUACCUGCUAGGCUUUCCCCAGCCCCAAGAAUACAGUGUGCCCAGUGAGGUCAUGUGGACCUUGCUCCCUAACCUCCCAAUAGAAAUACUUGGGGCCCUGGAAACAUUAUAAAAAUAUUUCUUGAAGUACCUCGGACCCCUAAACUCAUGUCUUUUAGCAGGCUUUAUUUGCAAAAAGAGUCCAAAGUGACAGGAUUGUUAACAGUUUGACUUGUUAGCUGUAGUGCAUGUGGAUGGGGAGGAAAUCUAGUUCAUUUCUUUUUGUUAUUAACAUGAGGUGUGUAUAUAUAUAUAUAUAUAUAUAUAUAUAUAUAUAUAUAUCUCCCUUUUAUCUGGACUGUGUAUUUAUGUAAGUGUGAGUGACUACCUGGUGCUUGUGCCAAGAUCCUAGGUGUUUCUCUCUCUCCUUCCCCACUCUUUUCCCUCUUUCUUUCUCAUCUCCCUUCUUUUCCUCUUCUCUCUCCAUCACUGCCAAUUCUUGUAGCCUCCCAAAGCAUUCUUCUUAACUACCAAAGAGGCUUCAAACCAUUCCCCCAACACACUUUGUUCUCCUUACUUGCUCUUAGGGAAGCUAAGUCUCUUAUACUCCCCAUUCUCUCCACACACCAUCAUUAAAGUGGAUAAAGGGAAAGCUCUCUGAGAAGAGCCAUUGGCUACAGCACCAACUAUGAAAAUGUAUCAUAUUUAAGGUUCCAGAUAUCUUCACUUCUUGAUUUUGGCCUCCAUUUGUACAUUUUCUUAAUUUUUUGAUGGGAUUUCCUUACUUUUCUGGAAUGUGGCCCUAGUAAAGAACUAGCUGGGCUGAAGGUGGCUAGACAUUUGCAUCUUGACACAACCUCUUGUUGAUCUCCCCAUCAAAAUAGAUUCUUUGAUUUCUUGAUGUAGUGUGAUUGUAUCCUAAUCCUAUCUUUCUCUCCUUCCUCUCAGGCUAAGAAAUAGGUCAUUUCUUUUUCUCUUUGUGGUUGGAGUUUAGCAAAUCAUGUAAAGAAAAGGCAAGAAUUUAGGGAUUGUAAACUACAGUCCUACUUACAUAGAAAUAUAAAUAAGUUUAGAAUUAGCCUUAACUCCAUAGGAUCAAUUGCCCCCUGAGACUGGUUUUUGUUUUGUACACACUUAACUCGGUGGAAAGAAACAUUCUACCAUUGCUAGAAUGUUCAGAGUAAAGGGAAAUAGAUAUAUUUCUCUAAUCUAUAGAUUUCAGAUCAUAUGCAAAUCAUGCAUUUAAUCAUAGUGUUUGUGAACUCCUUUGCCUAGCAAUUCAGCUACUGGCUUGAGUUUUGUGCAUUUUAAAAAAUUAUCAGACACAAUACUACACUGCUCUGUAGAGAAGACAGGUGUUUCUUUCUAUAGUUUAGACAGGCAUGAUGGUGCUUGAGUUGAUCACCAGAAGGUGUUCCCCAUUUAUGGCACUGUGAUUUAGUAACAUGAAAUUCUCUACCUUCAGUGAUUAGAAGAUUUUAAUCUCUUCUCUCUCUUUGUUUCUAUUUAACAGCAAAGACCUUAAACAAUUUAGGCACAAGAACAAUUAAGAGUUGAUCAUACUUGAUGAAAGGAAAAAAGAGAAUUGGUAGAUACCUGAGGGCAUUGAUUCUCCUACUCCUUAGUUAGCUGGAAACUGGUAGCACAAAAUCUUUGAGUAGGUAGGCUACUUCUGGGCCUGCUGUUGACAGCAACAGUUGUCAAGUGGUCUUUUGAAUGAAAUUGAACAGCUUAUGUGAGACCUAUGAAAAGUUCAUUGUAUUCUGGUGUUUUUCUUCUGACAAAUGAUUCCUAGGUCAUGCACUGCUCCUCACCACACUAAUUCCCACCUUUAUCCUCUGUCCUAUCUAUUCUUUUGUCAUCCUUUGGAUACCAGUGCCACACUGGAUCUUUGCCAGUACUGCUUUUACCUCCAUCCCUAUAUCCCCCCCAUCACAGUUAUCUGUGAUAACUUUUUUCAGGAAUGUAGGGGGAGGCCUUAGUCCCAGGCUGGGUGACUGACUUCACCCUCCCUUCCCUCCCUCCUUUUAUAUAGGACUGCUGUCAAAGUUUUAACAGCAGAUGUCUGCCUAUCAUCCUAGGAAUUCUUUUUUCUUUUUUUUUUUUUUUUUCCUUUAAAUAAAACAGCUGAUGUAGGCUUUCUUGGUCCUUGAGAAAGUAGAUUCAAGUAGGACCGUGUUUCUCUGGAACCCUGUGCCCUCAGAACAGUUAAUAGCUGUGGUUUAAAUAUUUUCAUGCCCAGGUCUUAGAGAUUAAAAGUAUUUGUUGGACUCUGAAAUUAUCAUCCAAAACCUGUGAUCGUUUCCAAUAAGUUCUAAAUACCUAGUCUCCUCCAUAGUCUUCAGACAAACCAAAUGGGAUAAAUUUGGAGGGGAGUGGGGCAGCCACGGAUAAGCAGAUUGCCCUCAUAUGGCAAUCUUAAACUGUCCAGCUGCUGGGAAUAUCAGCAGGAAUAAAAUCAAUCUCCUUUUCCCCCUUUUAUACAGAAAUCCAGUUCUAUCUAUUUUAGGAAGCUGCUGCUAUCUUCAGAUUAUCUUAAAUCAGAGAAAUUCCUACACUCUCCUUAUGCUCCUUGGCAUUUUUCUUUUUUUAUGUGUUACGUAUGUAACACAUUAAAAGUCAUUUAAAAUCAUUAAAAGAACAGUUCAUGAAUUUAAAAAGUAAAUUUCAUGUGAAACUAUGAGUAGCUGUCACUAGACCAAGUGAGCUGUGCCCAAUCCCUUUGGUCUGGUUACAUGAUUCUGAUAAAGAGGAUCAUGGAGGUAGCUCCCAAUCUAGGGUGGGACAGAUCCUGUAAUCAUUCAGGACCACUCUCAAUCUAAAUGCAUGUUCUUAGAUUGUCAUUAAUGAUAUGUUUCAGGCUUUUAAUUGUUUGCUUGAUGAUUGAUAACUGGGAACCUGUUUUGUGGGUGGCAGUUGUGACUGGCAGAGGGUUGAGAUGUUGUCAUAGGUCUCUACUACUUUGUGAAACAGAUUCACUGAUGUGUAUGGCAUGACAAGAACAUUGUGUCUGCCAGAACUUUGUCGAUUCUCUUCCAGAUAUCAGAGUUGGCAUUUGAGGUGCCAUAUUAUCCAUCUUUGCAGUUAAUAUUCCUAGAACUGAGACAAUAUCCUAAAUGGAUAUUAUGUCACUGUAUAGGGGCAGAAACUUGGUAGCACUAAGAAACCAUCAAUGAGAAAAUGGAUCUCCUUUUUCCUCUUAAUUUGCUCAUUAGUAUUAGUUUUUGCAGUCAAUGUAAGCCCCAAAAGAUUGGUCUAGAUCUAGAAGUUCAAGUUUGACUGGUGUUCCUUCAAAAUCGAGAGAGGGAUCUUCUGAUGGAAUUGAAGUGCGCUAGCUUGAAUCGGCAUCUCUCUUGGUUCAAUUUCAAUCAGAUGUUGGUUCUUUCCCUGCAGAUGGAUUAGUUAUGAAACCAUGGGUGAAUUAUACACUGUGUCUUUAAGGUCCACCUUCCUUGUACUCUUAACUCACAUCUUUAGAAGGAUCUCAACUUUCUUUCCUAUUCACUUUUACACCUUAGAAGCCCACCCUGCUGUCAUCUCUUCUCAUCAGACCAAAUCAUAAAGACUUGGGCAUGCAUAAACACAUGUGCCAAAUGCAUUAGGAAUCAUUCUUGUAUUUUUCUUGACCCUGAGGAAGCGAUGGAUUUUAACCACUACAGUUUAGAGUAAGUGUGAGUUAAAUGGUAGGACUGGGUCCCUCCAAAAUGUGAUAAUCAUUCUUAAUCCCUUGGAUUUGGAUCUUUAUGGAAAUCUGUCUGUAGGAGAACAUGAGUCUAUAUGUUUAUGCCAGGCAGGUGGUUGUCUAAAGAUCUAAUAAGGGAGUUAGGAAAGGGACUUGUUAGAGGAGAAGGAUUGUGGUAUAGAGGAGAGGCAUUUCCUAAUUGUCUGAGGGCUUAGGUUUUGGGUUAGAGGAAACUAAAACUAUUUUGCCAACCUUGCUAGAGGGUUGUCUAGUCCACCUCUCAGGUUAAAGGAAGCUUCAUGACAGGUGUGUCCCAUCAUCAUAGUGACUUUAUUCUCCCAUUAUUAGGACAAAUGAGUAGUGGUUUAUGUGCUUCUCAGAUUACAGGUCUUUCCAUUUGUAGCCCUGCCCUAAAUUCCUGGUGGUCUGGAUUGAAAGCUGCUGCUGGAGUGCAUUUGGUAUGCAUUCUCCUUUACAAGAAGACCAAGCUCAGUCCCUUUGCACAUUUGUAGAGAAAUCCUUUACAUUUCUGAUUUUGUGUGUUCCUUAAGGUAUUUUUGGCCUUAUCUCCUCAGGGCCCAACUCACUGAGGUUUUGAGGUGAUAAAAGAGUGCCUUAUGGACCAGAUGGAGUAUUCAGGGAUCAGAUAACUCUGGUUUGAAUGAUAGUGUUUGGAAGUUAGUCACUAAUGUUCUGUUGGUAGAGUCUGCAUUUUGAGUUUUGUUUAUUUUCUCUAGUUGUGGUGAUGGAUCUGCACUGAUCCAUUCUCUUGCCUAGUUUUUUGUUACCAGUAGCAUGUACCUGCAAGAUGUUGGCUCCAUGUUAGAGGUUAUCAUGGCCUGUAACCUUGGAAUAGAGGGACAUUAACUAUCCCAACCAGGAAAUCAGCCUAUGAUGUUGGCCUUUUCAUGAGUGAUGUGUUCUUUUCAGUUAUGUUAAGCUGGUCAUAGGUUUUAUCUGUGAGUGAUUCAUUUGAUUCAUAACUCAAAAAAUGUGUUUGUCCUUGAAGGGGGGGACAGCUUCUUUAUGAAAUGGGAGUCCUUGAUCCUUGUUUCUGGCUUAGAGUCUUAAAACUGAAAGAGUACUUGAUACAGUUGAAUCUUCAUGACUUAGGGUCUUUUGGGGCAGAAUUGGAUUAGAUAACACUUCUUUUGUGGAAUUUCCUUAUAGACAAGGACUUUGUCCCACACUUUUUUGUGCCAUCAAAAUACCUAGCAUAAUGCUUUCUAUCUGAGAGAUUCUCAGUAACUGCCAGAUUUGCCCAAACCUAAUUUGAGCUUAUAUCCUUGCUGUUAAAAAGCAUUUAUUUUUGUUGAAUAGCUGCAUGUAUCCCCCUUUGUUAAAUAAGUAGGAAAACUUAUAUCCUUUGACAGACUUUUUGCUAGAGCUAUUCAGUACCCUUUUAAAAAUUCCUUGGUCAAAUUUUUUUUAAGUGAUUAGAAAGUCUGAAAACAAGAAGGAAAGAGUAAAUGGGAACUUGGAUUAGCCACAUGUAAGCUGCUCCUCUCUUUGAAUGGGUGAAGACUGCAAAAAUAUUUCCAGUUUUUUUUUUCCUCUUCAGCUGAAUUUCUUGGGUUUUAAUCUACCUCAUUUUAUCAAAAUAAGUUUCUUCAGCUCGUGUCAUUGCUGCUUUCAGUGUCUUCAAUGACUAGAUUAUUUCCUAAGGGUGGUCACCUCACAGUGAACACAUGUACUUUUGCCUUUUUUCUCCCCGUCUUUGUUUUCAUAUUGCUUCAUCCUUUCUCCUGGAACAGUUUUUUCCAUCUAACUCGUUUAUGUUUGUGGGAGGCAGCACUUCUAGGGCCUAUUGCCUCUGAGAUUAGCAAGGGAAGGAAUUUUGAAACAAGUUGUUGAUGAAGGCAAGGCAAUCACUGGAGAAACCUGUGCUCAAAGGCAGCAUACACAGUGAGAGCCAUUAAUUAAGACAUUUCAAAGUCAACUUAUUGUGGUCAUUAAUGUCACAAUAGAUCAAAACCUCAUUAUCGCAGGCUCAGUAAGAGCCCUCAGUAUUAAUCGGAAAAUCUAAUAGGAAACUAUUAUAGAGAAAUUAGGCCAAAUUGAAUCCAAUGAACUUCCCAUCUUGUUAUGCUCUGUUUUAGGGUGUGACCUGUGAGGCCUGGUGCAAGCCCAAGUUAAGUCCAGCUCAUUUUGUAAAAGGUGCUAUCCUUCCCACAGCUUGAAAUUAGUCAACUAGGUCAUCCUUGUUUCAAAUACCCAAUUCAAAAGUGUUAAUGUCUAGGUCUUACAAGAAUUUGUUGGUUGACCUUUCAGGAACUGGUGUUUCCCAAGUAUAGAUCCAUAUGUACACUGAGGAAUUUGAGACAGAAGUUCUUAUCCUUUCCCUCAAAGCAGUUAAAGUGUAAUUGAAUUGCUAGGUUUGAGUUUGAUGUGUUCAGUCUUUUUUGAGGCUGGCAUCAGUGUUCCAAGUUUGAAAUAAUAUUUUUGCUAUGGAUAAAAUUUCUUCAACAUUCAAAGUUGAUCUGAAGAACUAAGAAUAGCUGCUCUUUUUACCUUCUGUCUUUUUGUUGCUAAAUUAUUGAUUGAGAAGGAAAGAAUGAAGCAAAAUAUGUCUAAUUGGGGGAAAACGCAUUGUUUCAUGAAAUAGUGAGCUGCCGGUCACUGGAGGUAUUCAAAUUGAGGCAAUUUGGCCACUUGGAAUCUUGGUUGUUGUAAACAGGAUUCAUAUUUUAGGAAGGGGUUGGACCAGAUGCCUCUCUAUAAUAAGUUUAAGUCAAAGGCCCCAUAUAAAUUUAAAAGCAGCUUUUAAACCAUCUUAAGUUCUAUUUAUAUACUAUUGAUCUUUAGUUGUUUUGAAAAUGCCACAGUAUUGGAGAUGAGAUGUUACAGAAAGGAAGGGUGUCUUCAGAGGAGGAAGAGACAGCAUGGGACAGUGAUAACCACUGCAAUCCUUGCCCUGCUCAGCUUUGUCCAAAGAUUGGACACCUGAUGGCAGCCUUCUCUGAAGAAUUGGCAGCUCAGAGCAUUGCAGAGACCACCACUGUUGAGCUCUUCAUUUUCCCUCUCAGAAAAAGCAUCUGCUCACCCAUUGGUUUCUGAUCCUGAAGCAUUUCACUAUAGCACCCAGAAGAAUUAGUGAUUUGAUCCUCCUCCCUGUCCCCAUCCUUGAUGCAGGUUGGCCUUGAUCUAAGCAAAUCUGAUCAUAUUAAUGAUAGAUGUUAAAAACAAAUCCAUUGGAGUUGAAUGGGGGUAGGGGAAUAAUUUUUCACCUUACCAAAGGAUUCUUUAAAUAACAAAGAAAAAAAAAAAGACAAACAACUGCUGAGUUUAAAAUAUUUGAUUUCCUAAAACAAAACAAAACAAAAAUGUGCACAGCUUUACCAGAGAGUUCUUAUGAGCAAGGAUUCAUCUAUUAUGCCCUGUAACCUUGUAAGUGUCCCAGGUGCUCUGGUAAGUGCUCAGUGUUUGUUGUUUGAGAACAUCUUUUGUGCAAAGGGAGGUACACCUACACACGUUCCUAUCAUGCAAACCUGCAAGAGUCCAGUCCGCUCUAUGAAGAUAGGGAGUCUAGGAGGAUGUAACACAGGAGUUGGGUGUGAUGCUAGGUCUGGUGUCUGCUGACCCCCCUCAACUGACUCAUGAUGGAUGACUUUGGGCAAGUCAUUUACUCUCACUGCCUCAGUUCCCCCAUCUGCUAAAUGGGGGCAAUAAUACUGACCUACCUCACAGGGGUGUGAGGCAUUGCCAAUUGCUCAAAAAGUACUUUAGGAUCUUUAGAUGGAGGAUGCUGGGAGCUGAAGUCUAAGCCUGGCCCGGGCUUUAGUCCUCAUUGAACUGUCUCCAAGAGUGGAAUGACUUAGCAACCCAGGCCAUUUUUCUGUGUAUCCUAAUCUCCCUGUUCCUCUAGUCACCUUUUCAUCAAAGCUGCUAAUUCAGAUGUUGACAGUGUUUUCAUAAAUGUUGGCGUCUAAUAGCCAAGAAAUAAUUGUGGAAUUUUAAGGGGGGGAGGGUAGGCACUUUCUGUUUUCUUUGUCUUUCCACAGAGAAGGUGAAGGUGUUUCUCUAGUAUUUGGAUUCAAAUCCCCAUGGGGUAAGAGCAGAGGCCCAGGCAGCAGUUUUUGAUACUAUUCUUUCUUGACUAUAUCCAUACAUUUACAACUGAUUUGAUCUUAGGACAGCAACAUCUUUACCACCAUCUUUAUGGAAUCCGCUUCCUCCUGGGAUCUUGUGUGCCUCCCCUUCCUAUUUCCUAUGUAAGGGAAGAAUAUGUAUAUUGCCACAUUGGAAAUAACCGUUUUUAGAGUAUUGUUACAUUUAACACUCCCAAACUAGAGUGUUGAUGCUCCCUAAUAUUUCAUCCAAGCCAUUAUAUUCAGCAUCUAUUAUCUCUCUUCUGGGUUCACAACAUGGACCUGACAUUGAUUUUACUGGUCUGGUUUGGAAUGACUUCUCUGGGUCAUGUUUUGUUUUUUUAGACAUGGGCUUAUGGACCUUACUCCUUACUCAGUUUCAGGAGACUCAUCCAGUCCCUGUCCCCGAUAAGAUCCAUGGAUUUUCCUUCCCUUGCCCUCAUCCCUGGAUUUGUAACCCACAAAAAAGCACAAGGUCUUGGCCCCUUGCUGCUGCUACAUGUUCCUUUUUGUGUUACACGGACUUUUCUCCUUACUCUUCGCCCAGCAUCGGAAAUGCCAAGCAUAGCUCUUUGAAAAUCUGGACGAUGGAGAGUUCUCGGCCACCACAAGCCAGGAGUUAGAACUUUGAAUACUGGCAACAUAGCUCUUCCCAGCCACAUCCCCAGACUGGGAGCCAGGCUGGCCCAAGACGCUAACGCAUCUCUCGGCACCAUGCUUCGAGAUGGCUUUCUUUACCAUCCAAAGCAGAUCGGAUCACAAUUUGGAGCCAGAUGUCUGGAUGGAAAAUGGGAGAUUGAAUUUUCAAUGGACUUUGUUUUAUUGGGGGAGUUUGGGGUGUGCUUUCUUGGUUUGAUUUUAGUCAGGUUUGGCUAAUUUUUUUUAAAAGGAAAAUGAUGUAUGUUACACCUUUUAAAUGUAAAUGUUUAAAAAUAGGCAUUUAUGUGUUUCCACAACUGACAUCCAAUGCAGACCUCAUUCUCUCCCCUUCCACCAUCUUCCUCCUUUUCUCCCUCUUUUCAUACUCUUGUAUUGGUUCUAAUAAAUGGUUGCUUUUCAAAUCUG